CGGCCUUAUUUAUACCUCCGAAGUAGCUGGAUCGCAAAUCAGGAAGAAGAGCUGGAAGCAGACUCUCCUAAGGCUGUUCCAGAAGUUCAGUCUGAGGAUACGGUCUCUCCCCCUUCAGCAAAUGAAAUGAGUACCAGCCCAAGAGAGGAUGGAAGCAGUGAAGAGGAGAAGCCAACCAAGGGAAAAAAUGUGAUCACUAGAUCUAAAAAGCCCUUGGAAGUAGAGGACAGCACAAGCUCUCCUGCUUCUGAUAUGGAGAGUGAUACAAAUGUUGCCAUGCGGUAUGACGAUAUCUGCACAUGGCUGGAAAAGACUGUGGAGCAGUACCAUGUGGAGGAAAGGAAGAAGGUGGAGAUGGUUAGCGACAACCUGGAGCUUGAGCAGGAGCUUGUCAGUUACAACAGGCAGCUGGAGGAGGACCGCAACGAGGCCCAGUGCUUGUUGACCUUCGAGCGCAAGCGUAAAGUGCGCAUGCAGAAGGAGCUUGAGAAGGAGAGGAGGAGAAACCUUAAGGCAAAGGACAGGGAGACAGAGCUGCUGGAGCAGAAUCGCAGUCUCCAAGAUGAGGUCAUGAAGCUGAAGCUGGAGCUGGAGCAGGAGCGUGCCAGCAGGGAUCUGUGGGUCAGUAAGGAGACCUUGGACCUGACUGUCUCUCAGUUCAGUGAUCAGAUCGGUGCCCUCAAAGCCGAGCUGGAGACCAAAGCUCAGCAUCUGUCUGAACUGGAGAGAGAGAAAGAAGAUCUUUGUAGCCAGAUAGAAGCUGAGAAAACGAAAUCUAAGAUGGCAGCAGAGCUGAAGGAGACUGUGGAUAUGAGACUCAAUGAUGAGGUAAAGAGGAACACAGAGCUGCAAACAGAGGUACUGAAGCUUAGGACCAUGUUGAAAACCGACAAGAAGAAGCUGCGAGAGCAGGACACUCAAAGGCAGGUAGAGAUCGAGGCUACUCUCAGCAAGAUGAAGUCCGAUGUGGAUAAAGUCUGCCAACAACUGGAGGAGGAAACGCUGAAAAGCAGCAGGCUGGAAGCAGCGAACAGGGACCUGGAGGAGCAGCUCUCCCCCCUCAGGACUCUGAGCAAGCGCUACAAGAAAGUGAAGAAGAGCAGGAAGCAAAUGGAAGCAGAGGUGAAGAGCCUGAGGCAACAGAUGGAGUUCUGCAAGGUGGAUCAAGUCCAGGUUAAAAAGAGCUCCAGAGAGGUGGAGCAGGGGGCCCAAAAGGAUAUGCAGAAGAAGAUGGAGGAGGUGAACCUGUUCCUGCGCACCCAGGCGGCCUCACAGGAGUCUCGUGAGCGCUUAAGAGCCACUAAUGAGGCCAGACUGAGGACCCAUCUGGAGGAGCGUAUCCGCUUCCUGGAGAGUGAGCUGGACCGGGCCUGGAGCUGCAAGGAGGACAUUAUUACUCAGAGGGAGUGUCUCAGGCUUGAGAUGCACUGGUAUAAGAACCUCUACAAGGAGGAACUGGGACUACGCGAAGACCUGGAAGCCAUGCUGGAGAGGGCUAAUGAGCGCCUGGAGGAAGCCAGCGUCAGACACCAACGUAGCACACAGCUUCUCAUCAGCAGGAUCAUCAGCGGGAACACAGACGUUUAA